AACUUUCCCUUCGUUUCUCACAACAAGAUGGACUGGAAUGAAGACGGGAAUGGUCACGGUCACAUGCGUGACAGCUGUCACCACGGACACCAGGGCCAUUCCCACAGCCAUGGGCCAAGAGCGGCGGCGUUUGGCGGCAUGGCGCCCCCAUUCAUGCCGGCUUUUUACGGACAGUUUGGCAAAGGCGCGGAUCAGACGAUGGACAUCAGCCAGCAGCCGAAGAAACGGUCGCACAUGGACGACAGCAGCAGUUGGGACAUCGUGAAGGCGACACAGUUUGGCAUCCUGGAGCGCUGUAAGGAGCUGGUGGAGGCAGGAUACGACGUCAGGCAGCCGGACAAAGAGAACGUCACUCUGCUGCACUGGGCGGCGAUCAAUAACCGCUCAGAGCUGGUCAAAUAUUUUAUUUCCAAAGGGGCGAUAGUUGACCAGCUCGGAGGAGACCUGAACUCUACUCCGCUUCACUGGGCGAUAAGGCAGGGCCACCUCCCCAUGGUGAUCCAGCUGAUGAGAUACGGAGCAGACCCCGCCGUCGCAGAUGGAGAAGGUUACCGGGCUCUCCACCUCGCCAUCCUCUUCCAACACAUGGCCAUCGCAGCUUAUCUCAUGGCUAAAGGCCAGGAAGUCGAUGGGCCUGACUGCAACGGACAGACACCACUGAUGUUAGCAGCCCAGAAGAUUAUUGGGCCUGAGCCCACAAACUUCUUAAUCAAAAAUAAUGCUUCUGUGAGCGCUGUGGACAAAGUGAACAGGAACACCCCGCUACACUGCGCCGUCCUGGCAGGAAACGUAGACGCCGCCCACAUCCUGCUGGAGGCCGGGGCCAGCGUGGACGCAGAAAACGUUAACGGUCACACGCCCAUCGACUUGGCUCACCAGGUUCACAGCCCGCUGCUCAUCCACAUGCUGAACCACGUCAAGCAGGAGAGGAUUCGCUCCAACUCACGCUGUCUGCGGAUCAUCAACAGAUACAGGGUCUUUCUGCAGUUCCUCCUCUGCACUGGCAUGUUUGGAAGUUUCGGUGCGAUAGUCGAUAUGGACUCGGAGUCCUGGCUACUCAAAGGGAUCCUGCUGGCGUGUCUGAUCGGUGUGAUCAAUCUGGCCUCCAGGAAUUUCCCGCAGCCAGCCUUCCAGUCUCUCAUACCAGCUACAGCACUCAUGGCUUCAGUCUUCUGGAUGAUCGUCACCUGGUGCCUCUGGUUCCUGCCAGAUGGACCCAGUGCCACAGUCCAGGUCCUGUUCACUCUCAACGCCACCGCUCUGCUCUACUACUACCUCCGCACCUGCAGGACGGACCCCGGCUUCGUCAAGGCCACCGAAGAGGAGAAGAAAAUGAAUGUGUUGGUUUUGGCUGAAGCUGGAUGUCUGGACCCCAGAAUAUUCUGCACCUCGUGUAUGAUAAAGAAACCAAUGAGAACAACUCACUGCUUCAACUGUGACGCCUGCGUGGCGAAGCAGGACCAUCACUCUGUCUGGACCAAUGGCUGCAUCGGUGCGAGGAACCAUCACUACUUCGUCCUCUUCCUGUUCAGCCUCAUGAUGAUGGGGGUCUGGAUGUUCUACAGUUGUCUCGUGUACUGGUCCAAGCACUGUGUGCUGCAUUAUGAGGAGCAGGGCCUGUGGGGCGUGGUGUCGGCUCUGAUCACCUGCUCUCCCUGGACGCUCUGCGUCUUCGUGCUGGCCUUCUAUCACACCUGCUGGUCCAGUGUGAGCCUGCUGAUGCAGCUCUACCAGAUUGCAUUCCUGGGACUGACCACAGCAGAGCGCAUCAAUCUGACACUCAGCCAGAGGAAACUCCGACAAACUGGCUCCCUCAGACAGAAUCCAUACAAUUUGGGCGUGGUGAGGAACCUGGUGUCGUUCUUCCACCUGCGUUGCUGCGGCCUCUUCAAGCCGGCCGUCAUCGACUGGACGCAGCAGUUCCCUCCCGGCCGCGACCAGCACGUGUUCGGACACGCCGACAUGGUCUGACCUCCCCCUCCUCCUCCCUUCCCCGCGCUCAGGGUCACGGGUCGGACUCUUACUGUGGUUCUGGACCAAAAGCACAGAUUGUAUUUAUUUAUUUUUCUACCUGCCGGCUCCUUGUGAAGAGAGUCCGACGCCAGAAGUCGAGAAAAAAACGCGAAGCGACGUGUAGAUUACGUUGGAUUCAGUUGCUCUUUGUACAGAAUGCUGCUGCCUUAUACUUGACCAAUGUAAUUUAAACUAAAUAAAACAAAAAGGAGAAAAUGGAAAAGGUUUGAGUUUGGAUUAACGGAACCUUUAAAGGCCUAAAUACAUUGUAAUGGAGGUUUUGUGCAGUUUUUAUGAACACAGUAAGCCUAUUUUUUAUCAUCUGUUCUUGAAGAGAGAGAAUCUUUGUAUGUGUAAACACUUUGUUUUAUGGAUUUUGUAAAAGUUGCAUGUGUUUAAUAACGAAUGACCACUAUAGUACUUCAAUAAAGCAAUGUUGUGCCUAUCUUCCUAA